AUGCCAACAGAGCCGAAGCACGGGCUCGCUGCCAGGACGCGUGUGCUGGACGCUCGUAAUGCUGGAAGGGACUGGAUGCUGGUUGCUGAAUGCAAUGACAUCCCUGCCACUACUGCGCGCGGCAUCGUUAACCGCGGGACUCCGGAGGUAAAGCAGAGAGGAGGCUCGCGAGCAGCGUGCGUUAACACACCGGAGAUGGAGGCAGCUCUGGUGGAGUACAUUGAAGAAAAUUGUCUGUACACUCUUGCUCAGAUGCAGGAGAUGCUGCACUUCGACUUCGGAGUGCGCAUCAGUACGUCCUUGAUCAGGAAGAAGCUGUGUGACAAGAUGUAUACAAUGAAACAUGUCCAUGUGCGGGUCGAGCUGGAAACGUGUAAUAGCGCGCAGAACAUCAAGAAACGGAAAGACUUUGCGGACAGCCUGCUAGCUCAUGAGAGAAAUGGAUCUUUCAUUGUGUACUAUGGUGAAACGAAUUACAAUAUUUAUUGUAAGAGAUCCCAAGGACGCGCCCUCAUUGGUGAGCGGGCCGUGGUUAAGCUGCCACCUUCCAAGGUGCAAACCUACAGUUGCAAUGCGCGAUUUCACCCGAAGUGGGGCUAG